GGCUCGUCCUGGCCGCCUGGGGCCACCUGAGGCCUGGCCGCUUCUGGGCGGGUCACCUGUCGACCCCGCCGGCCGCGUCGCGGGUUCUAGGUGGGGCUGGAGCCGUUACUCUGCUCCUGGUGGUUCCCAAGGCCGGGGAGGCGACGCCGGGCCUGGGAAGUGGCCCGGGUCCCGGCGGGCCGGGCAGGUGCCCCCCCACGUCCCCCCGUCACUCCCACUCCCCGGAGGUGCAACUUUGAGACCUUCCGUCUCACAGGCCGUUCUCCGCUUCCCUGAGCCCGCGACCUCGGAUGGAGCGCAUCCGCAUGGCUUUGUGCUGACAGCAGGAGAGUCUAGUGCGGUAAAAAAAGAAGUGAAACUUUGAAUUGAGGAAAUCUGGGCUUUCGGUUCUAUUGAAGUUCCUUAAUCGAGGAUCUUGAUGGAUAAAAUAAAGCAGACAUAAUUCAUCUCUAAAAAGGUUAUUUAUACGCUGGUAUUUGAAAUGCUUUGUGUGUAGAAUAGUAGUAAAAAUGGAAAAAGAGCAAGUAAAUGAUGGACAACCAAACCCGGAGAAUUCCUUGGACUUUGCUGAACACUUUAACCAACUUGAGUUGUUGGAAACACAUGGACAUCUUAUCCCCACUGGCACCCAAAGUCUCUGGGUAGGGAAUUCUGAUGAAGAUGAGGAACAAGAUGAAAAGACUGAAGAGUGGUAUCAAUUCAAAGAAAAAAAAAUGGAAAACGAUCCAAGCAAAUUGCUUCUUUGGGCUGCUGAAAACAAUCGGGUAAACAAACAAAAAACACUGUCUACAGUACGGAGACUACUUUCUGAAAAGGCCACUCUUGUGAACACUAGAGAUGAAGAUGAGUAUACGCCUCUUCAUCGAGCAGCCUAUGGCGGACACUUAGAGGUUGUCCGUGAGCUAAUUGCACACGGAGCAGAUGUUCAUGCGGUGACUGUGGAUGGCUGGACACCCCUGCACAGUGCUUGUAAGUGGAAUAAUGCUAGAGUAGCUUCUUUCCUCCUUCAGCAUGAUGCAGAUAUCAAUGCCCAGACAAAAGGCCUCUUGACCCCCUUACACCUUGCUGCUGGAAACAGAGACAGCAAAGAUACCCUAGAACUCCUCCUGAUGAACCGCUACGUCAAACCAGGUCUGAAAAACACCUUGGAGGAAACUGCACUUGACAUUGCCAGGAGGACAAGUAUCUAUCACUACCUCUUUGAAAUUGUGGAAGGCUGCACAAAUUCUUCACCUCAGUCUUAAUGGUUCUAAUCAUUUAGUACCAGUGCCUCCUUUCUGUGAAAUGUCAAAAAUCCCCAUAAGACAAAGUUGACAUCAAAAGUCUUACUACAAAAAUUCAGUGGUACUCGUUAUAUCCUUCCAAGUGAAUUGGCUGACCUUGAUGUCAGAAUGUAUUUGAAAGUUGUUUGGAUAUAUCUUAAAUUAUUUCUGUGGUUUUUAUCAGAAAAAUUUUAACUUACCUAUACUUAAAAAUUUGUCAUGGGUUGUACAGAAAACUACUGAUAUUUUUGGUGCUGAUCCAAGGAAAAUGUAUUUUUAAAUAUCCCCAUCCUGAAUUUUUGUUGAGCAUUUAGUAUAAUGACAUGUAUUUUUAUAAGGUAAAGCAAUUCAGAAUUCAAUUUAAAAGUCUUAAAUAUACUGGUGCAGUUCAGCUAUCAUAGCCAUUUGCUUUCAUUUUAAACCAUAAGAGCUAACGUAGUGACUUGAAUCUUCAUAAGUUAAUAAAGUCUAGAGCCUAGAUCUUUGUGUUUUAGAACCUAGACUUUUAGGAAAGUAGUUAGCUGGAUGUUUAAUCCAUGAAUGUUAUAUACUGCCUCUCCUACCACAAUUCACCCAGUCCUGAGGACAGUCCUACCUCACCCGGGUCCACCUACGUAAUCCUUAUUCUACUGGUUCAGCAUUUCAUCUCUACUAGAUGUAAGUACUUGAAAAUUAGGAAAACAUCACUGGAUUAAUGUGAGUUCUUGAGAGCACUGUGUCCUGAACAGUCAUUAGAGUUCCCUUUUCAGAUAUAACUGCCUUAAACAGAAGCAAUUUUUAGCAAUCAAAAAAAUUAGAAAGUGAGCCUGCCAUUAUUUUAAAAAUCAGGUGCCUCUCAGGGUUUUUCACACUCCAAUUUAAUAGCUCACAUAGAAAGCAUAUCCCGAUUGAAGGGUCGACUGUAGACCAAGAUGUAACUGUGCUGUGAAAAUCAUACUAAGCACUGAUAUGAGAAACAGAUCCUUCAGAGCACAUUCCAGAAAAAAAAAAAAGCACUGGAGCUCAUAUUUGCUUACACGUGCUCUUGCAUAUUUCUUAUUUGAAGAUAGGCAAAGGCUUAUAAGAAGAAUCCAAAAGGAAGAAACAUCUUAGGGUCCUUCCAUUCCUUUUAUUUUAGUCUGCACAUGUAGAAAAUGAGGUGGUUUUGGAAUUCAUCGAGAAAGGUAAUCGUAUGUCAGGGUUUCUCACACUGUUGACAUUGGAGCUAAAUAGUUCUUUGUUGUGGGGGCAUCCUGGGCAUUGCAGAAUCUUUAGCAGCCUUCUUGGCCGCUACUCACUAGAUGCCAGUAGCACCUCCCACUCCUCCUCCCCACUUAAGACAACCAAACAUGUCUCCAGACAUUGCCAAAUGUUCCCUGCUCUGUCAUCAAAAAUCUCUAAGACAGGAGAUUCAUUAUUUGGCUAGCCUCAAAGUUGUUUUAUUAACGUGCAAUUAAAUUUUAUUUAAAGCAUGUUUUUCUUAGAGACCAAAUAUCCAUCAGUGCACACUCAAACUCUAAUCAUUGAUUCUAUAUUAAGUUUUUAGUAUUUUAUUAGUGAGGUCAUUUAAACAUUUCAAAAUUGGCUAAAACAUACAAUUAGAAAAAGAAAGCGCUUCAAUAUUGAGUGUCAUUUGUAAGAAAAACUCACUCCCUGCUCCUAGAUUUGGCCUCUAGGAGAUUUACCCCUUAGGUCGGAUUAGUUUAUUUUUAGAGAAAUUCUUACUUCUGGGUAUUAAUGGAGAUGAUAAUCAAAUUCUGAUUUUUAAUAGGUUACACCACUACAAAUGUAAAUUUUUAUUGCAUUGUUGAAUAAAAUGCUACCAAGUUGAUAACACACGCUUUUUACUUCUAGAAGGAAAAGAAUAAACAAAGCCAACAGCCUUUGUCAGAGGAGAAUGAGAUGGGAAGAGAGCUAGCAGGUUCCAGGUAUAAAACCAUUGGGGAGUUAGACAAUACUGUCUUAAUGCCAUCACUGAUGUAAAAUUCUUUUAGUUUGUUAUUUAAAUAUAAAAAUAAUGUGUAACUAAUUUUGGCAAUUACUUUCACUUUAAAAAUUAAUUCCAAGAUGAAAUAUAUCAAAAUCAUAAUGUAAAAAAUAUUCCACAUUUGUUUAACAGCCUUCCCCAAUCAUCAUUUAUAUAAUGCAUGAAUGAAAUACUCUCCUCUGAUCUUAUUUAUGAAAGUCUUAUAUAUCCAAGAUGUGACAUACUGACGCACUGUAAUAAUAUUAACAGCAAACUAUUGAGUGCUUACUGUGUGUGCUAUGUGUGCUCACAUGUUAUCUCAGGAGCCUCACAAUAACCCCAUGAGGUCGAUGACAUGAUAGAAAUGAGGAAAUUAAGCUUAUGGAGGCUAAGUAAAUUGCCCGUGUUCAUGAAGUAAGUUUCCAGUAAGCUCACGUUCAUCAGUGAGGUUCUUGAAUGUUAAUAUCCAUGUAUCACUGGUUAGUCUAUCAAAUAAUCAUAACAAAGAUUCCAUUUUCUUUAGUAUUAUUUUUAUGUAGUUUAUGGUAGUGUUUAAGAUGUAAAAAUUACCAUUAUUAGAAGCAAAUUGCAUUUUAUGGCAUAAAAUAUAAAUAUACAAAUGUUUCAUUAAAUCAUAAGUGCCAGAGCAAUUUUUAAAAAGAAUAAUAAAGUUGGUGAAUUUAUAGAACCUGGUUUCAAAACUAAUUGUGAAGCAGCAGUUCUAAGACAGUGUGAAUAGACUUAUAUAGAUCAACAGGAUAGAGUCUAGAAAUAGUUCCAGAUAUGAAUGAUCAAUUAAUGUCUGACAAAGCAUUUAAGGAUUUUAAUGAGAAAUUCCCUUAAAGAAAUAGUGCUGGAACACCUGAAUAUCUACUUGGGGAAAAAUUAGUUCAUUUAUAGACCCCAGAGCUGUGGUUGCCUGGUGACAGGGAUGGAAGUUGGACUGGAGAAGGGCAGGAAAAUGUUUUGUAAGUGGUGGAAAUGUUCUGUAUCUUCAUUGUAGUGGUAGUUUUGCAGGUGUAUACAACUGCCCACGUCAUUAAAUUCUAUACUCAAAUGGAAUUAAGUUUUUGUACAUUAAGUUAUUCUUCAAUAAAAUUGAUUUUUAAAAGUA